CUCCCCCGGCAGCUCCCUCGCGAGCAUGCCCAGUGCAAGCCCCGACUUUGGCUCAACUCUCCUGCGUGCAGUAGCGGGCUGCACAGAUGGGACUAUGAACGCGGUUCCUGAUGAGCUCCAACUCUUUGUCUUUGGGCGGAGGAGGAGGAGGUCGUGCCCCGAGCCGGAGGAGCUGCCCUGCGCCUGCUGAGCCCCUCGCCCGUCGGUGGGCUCGUGGAGAAUGCUCGCCUGUUUGGCCAGGGGGAAUUUACUGGAUAUCCUGCAGGAGGGCUGCACGGAGCAACAACUACAGGCGUAUGUGGCCUGGGUGAAUUCCCAACUGAAGAAGAAGCCAACAAUAAAGCCAGUCCAAGACCUGAGACACGAUCUCCGAGAUGGAGUUAUCCUUUCCUCGCUUAUCGAGAUUGUAGCUGGCGAGAAGCUAAAUGGAGUUCAGGCCAAUCCCACCAGUCAGCAGGAAAUGAGGGAAAAUGUGGAGAAGGUCUUACAGUUUGUGGCAUCAAAAAAGAUCCGCAUGCAUCAGACAUCAGCCAAAGAUAUUGUCGAUGGAAACUUGAAAUCUAUCAUGAGGCUGAUCCUGGCCUUAGCUGCUCAUUUCAAACCAGGUUCGGGGAGAGCAGUGCAUCAUAGCUCCCCAGCUGGCCCUGUGGGGAAGAGCACGUCGGCAUCGUCUGCCAGUCACAGGCCUCGUUCAGCUGCCGCCGUGGCCCAAGGGGCGGUGGCCGCUCUGGCGGAUGUUCGUCAAGAUGUCUCACAAUUGGGCCGGGAUGUUUUUCGGCACAGGCAGAGAAACAGCAGCAUGGAUGAGGAGAUUGGAAACCCCUACUGGAGUGUCCGGGCAUUGGUGCAGCAGUAUGAAGGGCAGCAGAAUGUGCCCUCAGAGUCCCACUCCUCCAGCCUCACAUCAGCCAGUCCUAUCCAUAGCACAAAGAGUGAAUCCACUGUAACCCCGUCAGAGGAGAAGGUGGAAUUUGUGAUCAUCCACACUGAAGAAACAGAAACUAAAAGAGAAGAAACAGAAUCUCAAUUUCAGCCGGAGUGGCAGGCAGGAAAUCCUGGGUCGUAUCUAGAGAAUUCAUGGGAGGAACAGCUUUUGGAACAACAAGACCAUUUGGAAAAGGAAAUGGAGGAAGCAAAGAAGAUGAUUUCAGGCUUGCAGGCUUUGCUGCUAAAUGGGUCUUUGCCUGAGGAUGAGCAGGAAGGUUCCUUUGUACUUCGUGAACAUGGAGCCUGCCCUGAAGAGCAGCUGAUCAUAAUUCGAAGUCGUCUGGACCAGAGCAUGGAGGAAAAUCAAGACCUAAAGAAGGAGCUGCUGAAGUACAAACAAGAAGCCCGAAACCUACAGGGAAUAAAAGAUGCUUUGCAGCAAAGGCUGGCUCAACAGGAUGCUUCAGUUCUUCAGCUAAAGCAGGAACUGCUGAGAGCAAACAUGGACAAGGAGGAGUUGCACAACCAGAAUGUUGACCUUCAGAGGAAGGUUGAAGAGAGAAACCGGCUACUGGCAGAAUACAAGAAGGAACUGGGCCAGAAGGAUCGACAUUUACAGCAGCAUCAGACCAAACUGGAUGAAAUGCUUAGGCAGCUUUCCGAGGCCAGCUACCAGCAGGUGGAUUUGGAGCGGGAGCUGGAGCACAAAGAGGCCCUGCUGGCCCAGUGUAUGAAGAGAGAAGCUGAGGAGGUGAUGGGCUACAGCAAUCACAGUGCUCAGAGCAAUGGCUUCCUCCAGACGGCAGGAAAAGGAGCUGCUCCCACAGCCCACCGAGGGACAAAUGAUUUGCAGCUGGUCCGUGAUGCCCUUCGCAGCCUGAGGAACAGUUUCAGUGGCCAUGACCCACAGCACCACACCAUUGACACCCUGGAGCAGGGCAUCUCCAGCCUGAUGGAGCGGCUGCACCGCAUGGAGGCACAGAAGAGGCAAGAGAGAAGGGUCCGAGGGAAGUCGCCAGCAAACAGAGCAGCAAACGAGUAUAGAGACUCCUGGCCUCCCAACUCCAAACUGCCUCACUCUCACAGCACGCCCGCGAUGAACACCAGUGCCUGCACCAAAGUGUUGUACUUUACUGACCGUUCCCUCACACCUUUUAUGGUCAACAUACCAAAGAGGUUAGGGGAGGUGACUCUGAAGGAUUUUAAGGCAGCUAUUGAUCGUGAAGGAACCCACCGGUACCACUUCAAAGCUCUGGAUCCAGAGUUUGGCACAGUUAAGGAGGAGGUAUUCCAUGAUGAUGACAUCAUUCCUGGUUGGGAGGGGAAAAUUGUGGCCUGGGUAGAAGAAGACCAUGGGGAGAAUUAAUCAAACUUUUAGGCCCUUUCACUGUGGGAACCUGUAAAUGGCUGCUGAGCUCAGAGAAUGACCAAAAAGCAUGUGUCCUAGGAGGAGUGCAAUUCAAGCUGCCAAAAGAGAGGGCUUCUCUGCAAACAACGGGUAACACGUGCUGUUGUGUGCAUGGACACCUGGCAUCUACCUUUCUAUGGCCAAAUGCAGACAUGUUGUGAGACUGAAAUGACAGGUCUGUGGGAAGGAAACACCUUGCUUUGCCCUGUCAACUAAACCCUGAAGGCCUUAAUGAUGCGUUUCUCCCUUCCCCUGCUUCUCCAUUCCCGCAAUGUCUGCACAGGGGUUUGUGACUGAGCGUUUCAACGUUGGUUUGUUGUACACAGUAUUACAUAAAUCUGCACUGAUGGCAAAAAUGUGAAGCUUUGUCUUCAUGAGCCAGAAGAUGCUGCUAGAUUCUGCGAGCAGAAGGUCUGACUGACUCCAGUCCUGGACUUGCAUGCGCUACAGGAGCAGGGUGAACUUUGUGGACAGUCCAGACUGACAAUGUAGAAAUCUGAGCUGAGGAGGGAAGACAGUCUUCUGAAGCCUUCAUGCACUGUCUAAAGCAAAGAUCAUCAGCUUGGCAAAGCUCCCCUUCUCUCCAAAUUCAGGCUUCCAAUUCCUAGCCCUGCUCCUCCCACCUGCCUUCCAAACCUGUGCUCACUUCUUGAGGUCCAUUGUGGGUUUGCUUUGUUGCUGUGGGAACUCUGGUAACUUGGUGCUUGCUUAUCUGCUGAAAUAUUUCAUUUGGGGGAGGAAGCUGGAAUCACCUACUUCCCCCAGGUACUUUUAACUCCCCUCCUUGAUAAGCCCCUUUGCCUGCACUCCUGCCCUCUGCUCUUUUCCAGCAAGGCAGAUGGAUUGUCACCUCCUGCACACCCAGCAGACAUGUCUCUUUAGGGUUAAAGUAGUAGCAUGAGUCUCGGUGCUCCAUCUGCCUCCUUUUCCCUAGCUGCCUCUGUGCAGGCAUCAGUGUGCACUGCUGUCUCAUUGUCUGCCAGGGCCCCCAAACACGUAGGCAGACUGGUAGGAUAAACCCUGUCAGCACAGCACCCGCACCCACUCCCACUCCUUGGGGUGCCUGAGGGAGCAGGAGAUAAAUUGUUCAUUGGGAAGGCACAAGCCCUGAAGUCUGUGUGUGGAGUUUUUUUGUUUGUUUGUUUUGUUUUCCUCUUGCUGGAUUGCCUCUCUGCCCUUCAGCUGCCAUGCAGCUGGACUUCUGCAAUGCUGGCUAUGGUUUGCAGCAGACACUGUUGACUUAAAAGGUCAAACGGCGAGUCAAGGCUCUGCUCAUCUUGGUACAUGUGGCUCUGCCAUAGGUUACCUGCGUGUCUGUGCUGUGCACGAGGCUGGGAGAGUGUGAACUUGAUUUAUUUGCUUUAUAUUAACAUGUCCUUUUGUAAACCUGUUCCUGUUUUUGGAAUUGUUUUAUACCAGUUUACAUCAUUGUCUAAGGACUGUGGAUAUUUUUAUACCUGUGCAAGUGCUUUCUGUAUAUUUCUGCACGCAUUAUACUGUAUUUUAUUCCUUU